AGGAGGAAUAGAUCAAUAUGCAAGAGAAGUCAUAAGAAGAUAUGGCAAGGAUCAUAAUGUGUUGGAAGAUUUGGUCAAUGAAGUCAUGGAAAAAGAAAAGGAAACGGUCGAUUUAGUUAAAGUUGUGUUGGAAAAUUUAUCAUUGGUUCUUAACAAAUAUCUUGAAGAGGAAAGAGAAUACAACAAUACAGAACU